AUGUCGGCCGGUUGGGGUGGCGGGUUGAGAUUUGGGGAGAAACAAAACGAGUGCGAGGAGUUGAGUCGACAAAUCUUAGAAAACGAAAGACUUCCUGGAUGCAUACCAAUGGGUCCAAGGAAGAAGUUGGCCCGGAUAGAUUGGAUAGGUAGCAACCUGGGGAGGAAUGCGAAGCUGACAGGCUGGGUGGGGAUUCCAGGAUGGAACGGGGAUGGAUCCCUUGAGAAGUUGAGCCUACGCACACCGCGGCACCCUGGUCAAUUUGGAUGGUUGAUGGCGCCUGCAAAUCUGGCCCAGCCAUCACCGGGAGCUCCACAAUUGAUGAUGAGCAGCGAACUGGCUGUUGAAGAUCGCACUUUGCAGUAA